UUACUGCCUGAUGGUGAAAUCCAAUAACAAAAUUAUAUAUUCCAAGUGGAAAUCUGAGAGGCAAAGAUUCCUCACUUCAACUUGAUGCGACUACUACUGGUCCGGUUUCAUCUGAUGGUUUUGUUUGAUAGAGAUGAAAAAGCAUUGGGUUGAUUUGAGGCCGUUGUUCUGAUGCCCCACCUGUUCCUCUACUACUUUUCCUUUUUGUUUCUGCCUUUCUGAAAACAGAAAGGCAAUCCAUCAUCCUGCCCAACGAAUUACAAAGAUUUGUUUUCCAAGAGAAUCUUGUGUAUAACUUCUGUAUUAUUGAGGAGAAGUACUGAUUCAGCUGGCAAGUGCAGAAAGUAAGUUGAUGUUACAGAUUCUAGGAUCUUACUCCAAAAAGCUAGACAGAGGUUCUUCCCUCAGACUACCUGCGAGUCUUGUAACAUAAAGUUGCUUCCUUUCUUCUUUUUCCUUUUUUUGAAUCUGAGCUGGAUUUGGAACUUGAAUGUGAGGUCAGAUUCAGGUUUGUAGGGAAGGAACAAGUUGGAAACUUUGGCUAGUUCUGUCAGAGGUGUAUCUGGAGUUAGUAACUACUAUCAAAAACAUUUUUUAGACAGAAGCUUGGUGAUGUAUCUUCAGACUUUCACAAACCCAUCUCAUGGUUUAGCUCAUGUAUGCUGUUCCAAUCGGAUUUCGUGUAGGGUAAGACUAAGUCGUGUUCUAGCCACGCCACCGUCAUCAGUCCUACUGCAGAUGGACGAAAGCAGCGAUCUUCCCAAGUCCAAGAAGGGCUUUUGUCUGAGUGAAGAUUCGAGAAACAGUUUAAAAAGUCUCUCUGAAGAUUCUUUGGUCAGGCAGGCCAACACGGUGGGGAUUAUCGGAGGUGUUUCAACAGGUUCCACACUGAAUUUUGUGAAGAAACUCGUUGAUUGGAGCUCACAAGAUGGUAAAAGCUCCUUACCCUUCGUGCUUUGCUCUGAUCCUGCACUCAACAAGGAGCUUCUCUCAUACGAGGAGAACUCUUAUCCUUCUCUCUACCAUAGAGCAGAGUGUACUCCGGUGGAUCCGAAACAGAUUGUGGAAAAUCUAAGGAACAAGAGAAGAACUCUCGAGAGAUGUGGAGCUAAGUUAAUCCUAAUGCCUUGUCAUAUUGCACAUACAUGGUAUGAGGAGGUUUGUGAAGGAAGCUCGGUUCCAUUGCUUCACAUGGGUGAAUGCAUUGCUAAAGAGCUGGGAGAGGCGAAAAUGAAGCCUCUUGAAGCUGGGAAUCCUCUGCGCGUAGGUGUGAUGGCCUCUAGUGCCACGUUAUCCUCAGGAUUCUACCAAGAGAGACUACAGAGCAAUGGAUUUGAAGCGGUGCUUCCAGACAAGGCGACAAUGGAGCACACGGUGAUCCCGGCCAUAGAAGCGAUAAAGAGACAAGACAUGGAAGGAGCACGGAACCUUCUGAGGAUAGCAUUGCAGGUGCUGCUGGUGCAGGCGGUGAAUGUGGUGGUGCUCGGUUCAGAUGAGAUGCGAGAACUCUUGCCAGGGGAUGAUCCUCUGUUGAAGAAGUGCGUUGAUCCUAUGGAUGCACUUGCAAGGUCUGCCAUCAAAUGGGCAGAGAGUCGAUGAUCUUAUCUCUAAAGAGAAUCCGUAGUUGGAGUUUGUGAAUCCAUAGCUGGAUUUUGUGAGUGUGUAUAAAGUAUCUAAAAAGAAAAGUAGCUCGCCUGGGGAAGAAUUACCAAAGUGUAAACCGGUGUUUGUGAUGUAAAGAUCAUUUCCAAAACUAAAACCAAAGUCACUCAAACAUGUCUUGUUAUUAGUUUUUGGCCAACACAAGUGUGAACAUGUCUAAAAGCCAAAUAAGUUUGAACAUAUGUUGGCUUGGAUUGCAUUGUGUAAUAUCCCUUAUUAUUAUAGACAAUUUUUAUUGGAAUUAAAAAGGA